AUGACGGCCGACGACCCUCAGCACCGCCCCCGCAGCCAUCACGGCCACGGCAAGCACGGCCACAACCACGGCCACGCCGCGCGCAGGGUGCCCUCCAACGCCACCGGUGGCAGCACCUCCGGCGGCGACCUGCCCGAGAUCGGCUACCCGCGCGGCCACAUCGGCCACCUGAGCGAGGACGAGGAGAAGGCCUUUGCCGAGUUCAAGGCCUACAUCGCCGAGCAGGGCGUCUACAAGCCCGGGCCUCCGCCGUCGCAUGACGAUCCCACACUGCUGCGUUUCCUCCGAGCUCGCCGGUGGGUUGUACUAGAUGCGUACAAACAGUUCAAGGAGACCGAGGACUGGCGGGAAGCCAACCAGCUCGACGUGCUGUACGACUCGAUCGACCUCGACGCCUACGAGCAGAGCCGCAGACUGUACCCUCAAUGGACUGGCCGCCGAGAUAGGAGAGGCAUCCCGCUCUACCUCUUCGAGAUCCGCCACCUCGACUCCAAGACCAUCGCUAACUACGAGAAGACGGCCGAGGCGACCUACAGCCGCGCCCACACCGACGGCAAGACGCCGCCCAAGCUGCUGCGCCUCUUCGCCCUCUACGAGAACCUGACGCGCUUCGCCCAGCCGCUGUGCACCGAGCUGACGGACCGCGACCACAGCAACGUGCCCAUCACGCUGAGCACAAACAUCGUCGACGUGUCGCAGGUCAGCCUCAAGCAGUUCUGGAACCUCAAGGGCCACAUGCAGGCCGCGAGCCAGCUGGCCACGGCGCACUACCCCGAGACCCUGGACCGGAUCUUCAUCAUCGGCGCGCCCUUCUUCUUCUCCACCGUCUGGGGCUGGAUCAAGCGCUGGUUCGACCCCAUCACCGUGUCCAAGAUCUUCAUCCUCGCCCACCACGAGGUCCUGCCCACGCUGCGGACCUUCAUCGACGUCCGCAACAUCCCCAAGCAGUACGGCGGCGAGCUCGACUUCAGCUGGGGCGAGAUGCCCAACCUCGACCCCAACAUCGUCGAGGCCGUGAGCUGGGAGAAUGGGCACACCGCUUUCCCCAAGGGCCCCGUGUACUGGCGGCCGCUCGACGACGACACGCUCGAGUGCGUGGCUGUGGGCAGCGUGGAGCAGAAGGAGCGCAUGGAGAGGGUCGGCACGAUCAGGAAGACGUACAGGGGCCCGUUUGCGAAGGUGCCGGAGGAUGAGGAAGUCGUUGAGGCGGCCGAGCAGAAGAAGGAGCAGGAAGACGAGCCCAAGCCUGCUGUCACGACGGGGGUCGAGACGAGUGUCACUGACGCGAAGACCGAGGCCAAGCCGGCGGCCGAACAGACGGCUGCGGUCAACGGCGAGCCUACCAUCACUGAGGUCCAGGGCGUGCAGAACUUGUCGAUCCAGGACGACAACGAGAAGAAGGAGCAGAAGGAGGCGGAGACUGUGGCACCGGCCCAGGCUCCCGUGGCGUAG